CGUGACUGGAAGGGGAGUGAGCAAGGAAGUUUCCUGUCCAUAUCAAGCUCGUUACGUUCAGCAUUCUUUCACAUAGAUAAGUCCCUAGAUUUAUCGGCCAGAAUAAUGUGGAGAGCAGGGGUUGACACCAAGAUGAAUGUAGGUAGUGCUGGAGAUGAUGAUGACUGGGAAACAGAUCCUGACUUUGUGGUGGGUGCCGAACCGAGAGUGACUUCCUCUUCGUGUUUGAAUUAUUUCAAUAUUUAAUCACUUUUAUACACGACUUUCAGUUGACUAUGGCAAGGUACCUUUCAACUUAAGCUUCCAGUUUCAAUUUGAUUCAUAUAAAGUGAUCUAUUUGUAUCUUCAGCCUAACGAGUCGAUUUACUCUUUCAGCUCCGUAAGAGCUUAAUUUUAGAAUUACUAAUCUCCACAAAACACUCACUUGCUCACUUUCUGACAUGUUCAGUUUCCAGGGAUAUUUAUUUACGUCAUACGAGAUUAAAAGAAGAAAUAUUUCAGCAGAUCAAAUCUUUUAAUGUUGUUUAAUCUCGUUUAUGAUUGCACAUAUGUCCCCUUGAGAUACAACAACGAUUGCUUCAUUAACUGGUUUAACAGAAAAUCCCAAAUAAAUAAACAUUACUCCAGCCAAGUAGUGAUGGCUUCAGGGAAGAUAUCCAAUUUUGUCAGGAUAUUUUUAUUUAUAUCAUUUCUUAUUUGGUCUUUUGCAACAGAUGGUAGAAUUAAGUUCUAGAUGCAAUACAGGUAUUAGAUGACAGCUUUUAAUGAAGACCUUUCAUUAAGUUAUGGCAUGCUUGCUAUUCAGAAGUAAGUUUCUUAUGGCAGCAUGAUUUAUUUUGGUAGAAUGAUGUUUCUGAACAAGAACAAAGAUGGGGAGCCAAGACAAUUGAAGGAUCUGGACAUCAGGAGUCUCUGAAGUAAGUAUAUAAUAAUUAAUUUAAUUGUGGAUAUACAGUGUAGUUGAAAAAGUGUGAGGCAGUUCAGUUGAACCUUGAUUAUUCAGACUUGUGGGGAAUACUGUAUUCCAGAUAAUUAAGAGUCCUAAAAAUCAUAAUAUGAAUAUUAAUGAGUCAAAAAUAAAUUUGAAUGCUUGUCAUUUAAUCGAUAUCAUGCAAGAAUUAAAGAACAUUCUCAAAUCAUUGUGCACCAUAGUCAAAAUCUGCUCAAGUAUUGACAUAGAUAAUUUACUACCUGGAUUGCUGAUGUAAAUCAGUUUGUUUCAAGUUGCUAAAGCAUGUGCAUGCUGCUUAUUUCAUCAUUCUCUGAAGCUGCAUCUAGGAAAAGCAUAAAUUUUGAAUGUGACUAAUUACUAUUUGUGAAAAAAUUGGACCAUAAGAGCAAGUCCAAAUAAUUGAGCUUCAACUGUAUAUAAGAUCACUUGAGUUACUUUCUACUCAUUGACUGAGUAAGGGCCAGAUGUGAAAAUGUUGACAGCACAACACAUGGUGUUAGUAGAGUGAGGUCUAUACAUGAUAACCAAGGUCCAAGCAUGUCUAUUUUCGUGUCCAGCUCUACCAAACUAAGUAGAUUAGCACAAGUCAUUUUAUCGCUGUUGUUUCUCUUUCUUCCUUUCUUUUUGCACAUCACAAGGCCUUCUAUAUUGCCACACUUGCCCAAGUCAUCUUAAACCUUCCUCAUACUGGGAUUUUUUUGUGUUUCUAUGAAAGCGCACUUAGGGUCAUACAGGUCACAUGUUAAACUGUUACUAUUAACUCAGCCAGCCAGCUGGCAAGCAAGAAGUGAUCUUUAUCCCCAAUCUAUGUUGAUUGAUGUAAUUUUUAUAGAAAUACUUUGUUCAACUUGUUAGUACUUAAUAUUUAUACUCCUUGGAUGAGAGAAGAACAGGGGGUGGAAGAGGAGAGAAGGAGAGAAGUGUCUCGCUUAAUUAUUCAACAAAUUUUUCCAAGCCAGGGCUUAAUUUUGGACCCUUAAAGUGGGGUCUUGUACACUACCAAUUGGGAUGCCAUGUUUUGUACAUCCUUGGCUUAGAUCAAGGGAGCAGGCAUUGGAUAUUUGAAAGGAUGCUGGUGCUAAUUUAGAAGUAAAAGUUAAACUUGGUUUCGAUUGAUAAUGUGAAAUGCAAAUAUUGGUACUGGCUUUUUAUUUUACUGUAAGGAAAAGUAGAAGGAAAUUAACUUUCAAUCAUAAAAAUGUCUGUGAAUUUAUGAAAGUCAUAUAAUUAUGUGAACUGCGCAUAAAGACGUGCAUAUGAAAGUUAUUUUCGGGGGCAAUUACAGGGUUCAGGGCAUUACAGGCCUGAAUUUUUUCCAGGCCUUAUUUCACCACUGCCUAAGUAGUGUUCAUUACUGCAAAGAUUGCUUUCAUAUUCAAUUUUAAAACUGUCAAUUAAAACUGCAAAACCAAACAAAAUAAUUUACACUUACCUAGAGUCAGCUUAAUCAUGUUUCCAACAAGCUAGAAAAAUAUUAAAGACUAGAAUAACAAAUUAUAAAGUAUAUAUUAGAGUGUAAUAUGAUCUACAUGUAGGAGAUGAUAUGGAAAUGGCUUAAAUGAUAUCAAACUGUAUUUGACGUAAAACCCACGCCAUUCUUGAUUGGAGGUUUGGUGCAUGAAAUAAGGGUACUGGUGUCCAAUUACAUGUAAGGUGCAUGUAGGAGCAAGCAAUACUUAAAGACGUCAAUGAUGCUAGUUCAGUUGAGUGUAACAUAACCUGAAAAUAAUAUGCAUCUACCUUCUUGUUAGUAUAAAGGAUCUUCGAAAAGGUGUAGCACAGGACCAUGCAAAGAUUAAACAAGGUGAAGAACUAGUUACUAAGUAAUUGUUGUGGUGAUGGUCAUGUUCACCUUACUCUUUCAAAACCAAGUGACCUUUCCAAAGAGGAUGCGUUGGCUCUAACUAUACAUUUUGAGGUGCAACAUGUCUCACAUCAGUAGAGUUCCCAGUGUUUCUGUAUUGUGAUUGAUUAAGAGAGCUUGUCUGCUGUAAAACAUCUAUUUACUUGUAAUGUUUUAUUUACUAAGAGUCUUCUUAAGAGAAUACCAUAAUCAGUAAGCUUCUCAUUAAAGUCUGCCUCCAUUUCUUUUUUCCUUUUACAGAUGAAAGUGAGAGAGGGUAUCCUUUUGAUAACAGUUUUAAUUCACAGAUCUGUGCAAAACUGGCAAUGAAACAACUGUAAGUUAUACAUCCAUUAUUAACAAUAGUUUGUACUGUACAUGAUUGAAUAACUGAGGACAAGCAAACAAGAGGACAGCUUUGUUUAUGUUUAUUUUAGGGAGCUACAUGUAGCAAGAGUGGGAUGCAGGGGCUUAAUGUUUGGUGUGCUGAACUCUGGGUCAAGAGGUUUAGUUUCAGUUGGUCAGGCUAUUCUGUUGUGUUCUUGAGCUAAACAUUCUACAUUCACAAUGCUUCUCUCCACCCAGGAGUAUAAAUGGGCACCAGCAAAUUUUCAGGGAAGCCUUUUCAAAUGCUGUGGGUAACCUUGUGAUGCACUGGCAUCCCGUCUAGUGGGAAGUAACAGUACUCCUAGUCGUUUCAUGCUAAGGAAACUGGGAUAAGUUCCUGUUGUGUUGGUUCCCAGUGUGCAUGCAUGACAUACAUUAUGACAAUUAGUUCCUUUGGAAAAGUCUCAGAUGUAUACUCAAUAUCUUUGUAUUACAUGUAAUAUAUUAUAUAUCUGUACAUGCAUGAUAAACGAUUGGGCAGAAAAUUCUUUCCUUGACUAAUGGAAUAGUCCUAAAGCUUCCUAUGGUUAUGGUGGGAAGUUUGGAGUGCAAAAAGACAGAAUGGAUCAGGUAUGGGUCAGAAGGUUUUUGCUGUGAGAGUCAUGUUUUGCUUCUUAGUAUUUCUAUUGAAUAUUGCUUUUGGUGAUUUUUUGUGGUGAAUUUUUCAAAGCAGUUAAAACUUUCAGCUUUAUUAGUCUCAUUAUAAUCCAUACAAUUAGGAGUGUGAAGACUGUAUAUCUGAAAACAUGCAAUACAUGUUCAGCAAACAUUGUUUGCAUGUAAAAAUAAUUGCACAUUUAAGUACUCUUCUGUGAUCCGUAUUACUUUUCCUUCUAGUUGCUAACUAUGUGUAUCAUAGAUUUGAGGAUAUAUGAUAACCUAUUCUUUUUGUAGUCUGUAGUUGGAUUUGACUAUGAGGGGAAGGUGGAAAAGCAUGUAUCACAAACUGGUAAGUGUGUUUAAAGUGAUAUCCUCCUUGGUCAAUGGGGAGUUAAAAUCCAGACUUUUGAGUCUCCAUUCACAUCCAACCCUCAGUUAGAAUGAAGUAAGAUCCAUUGUAAUAACCAUAACUGUGUGAAAUUCAGGCAACACCUUCAGGUUGCUGGUUACCAGUAGUGGGUAUCAAUUUGAUCUUUUGGUUCUAUUAAAAGGUUUGAAAGUAUAGAGGGUUUUCAUUUUCAUACAGCAGUAAAUUAAACUUAGUAAAUUAAUUUACUGCAAAAUUCACAUGGUUGUCACCUUCAGAUAACUAUUAAUUUUUAACAUGACUUGCAUUCAUAAUUAAUCACAUACAGCACUGUAAAGUGAAUGGGCUUUUUAAAGGGUAUCCAGUCAAGUCGCCGACAGUUCAACUCGCCAACGCCAACUCACCGAUGUGUAAAAUCAAGUAGAGACGUUGGCGAGUUGGUCUUCAAUCCAGUACAACUUAUUAGAAGACAGACAUAGAAAAGUGAAAGAUAUGUAGGGAAAAAACAAUUUUGUUUGCUUCCAACAAAGUUUUAAGGAUUUCAUGGGGAAUAAAGCAAGGUAAACAUCACCAAUGAAUAUAAAAGCAUCAGGCGCAAACGAGUUAUGUGACAAUACUAUAAAGACUCAUCAUGUCAGUCGAUCAGAUUAUUUUAAGAAAACUUGGCUUUCUAGACAAGAUCUUUAGUAGAAAACACAAUUCUUUUUAUUUCCAAAAAAGUUUAUAAGGAUCUCAAGGCGAAGAAAGUAAGGUAAACAUCGCCAAUGACCAAAAAAGCUUUAGACGCGAACAAGUUAUUGUGUGACAACCCCAACUACCAGGUGGAAUGAUAUGUUUUUUUAACUUUAAAGAAUGAUUUAUUCAUAAUCGAGAACGUUUGAUUUACGAUAAGAUUUAAUGUAUUAUAAAGAUCAAGUGAACAUGUGAAAGCUAGGUAUAUCAUGUGAUUAUUCUACUCUUGAAGGUCCGUUUAAUCUCGACAUUGAUUUCAAUAAUUGGGCUGCUGUCUUUUCACCAUUCUCAUAUUUCACACAACAACUCAUUCACGUCUAAAGCUUUCUUGGUUAUUGGCAAUGUUCACCUUGCUUUAUUCGCCUUGAGAUCCUUAUAAACUUUGUUGGAAAUAAAAAAGAAUUGUUUUUUUAACUAAAGAUCAUGUCUAGAGAGCCAAGUUUUUUUAAAAAAAUCUGGCUGAUUGACAUGAAGAGUCUCCACAGUGUUGUUGUCACACAAUAACUCGUCCGCUUCUGAAGCUUUUACAUUCAUUGGCGACGUUUACCUUGCUUUAUUCGCCAUGAGAUCCUUAUAAACUUUGUUGGAAGAAAACAAAACUGUUUUUCUUUUUUUACUAAAUAUCUUUUACUUUUCUGUAUGUUUAACUUUUAACUUUUAAUAAGUUGUACUGGAUUGAAGACCAACUCGCCGAUGUCUCUACUCGAUUUUAUAUGUCGGCGAGUUGGCAUUGGCAAGUUGAACCGUCGGUGACUUGACUGUAGUUCUUUUAAAGAAACCAAUUUGUUAAACAUACUCAUGACAACAGACACAGUUGUUAAAAAAGCAAGAAGUGUUCUUGCAGCUAUAGUAAUCAAUUUUACACUCACAAACAAAGUUUUUCUAAAAGGGCUAAAUCACUCUUGAGCAAACUCCUUUGGGAGUCCUUUCUUUCAAGGGAUCACUUCUAGGAUUUGUAAUGGUACAUGUAUCUACAAAAGAACCAUGAAAUUGUCUUAGUGGCUUCUAUUGUUUAUCUUGAUAGACUAUUCUACUGGAUUUGGUGGCAAAUAUGGUGUUCAGAAAGACAGAGUUGACCAGGUUGAUGCUUUAAGUUCAUUCUUUCAGAUUUGUAUUUACAACAAUGUAAUACUAUCUAGCAUUAUCAUGUGCCUUUUUUAAAAAAGUGUACACACAAGUGCUGUACUAAGCUUUUCCAGAACUUUAAUACUGCCUAUGGCUGUAAGGCAGGUGUGCACUGACAUUCAUCCCAGUAUUAGUUACAGAUAACUAUGUUUCACUGACUGACUGACUUUAAUUGUCUUUUAUUAGCAAAUAAAUGUAUUUUUAAAUUUAAUUUUAGUGAUUUAUUUUAUUAAUCAAUAUAUUAUAGUUACUUAAUAUAUAUUUUAAUUUAUUAUUGGUUCUACAUCAUUUUGUACUCCCAUUUUAGGCUGCUGUUGGAUUUGAAUAUGAAGGCAAAACUGAGAAGCAUGCUUCACAACAGGGUGUGUAUUCUUUAGUAAAAUAAACCCUUGAGGGUGUUAGUAUGUCAGCCAAUAAUGUCCGCAGUGAAAGAUUAACUGAAAAAUGAAUAUUUUGUAUAUGACAUAAAGCAGCCAAUAAAAUCCCAUAAAUAGGUAGGUGAUAAAUAGGGAUUUUAACUUUCAACAGAUUGAUUUGUCAGUCCAGCCUGCAAUCCUAUGCUUCAUUGUCUGUUUCUAAUAAAUGAUGUAUUGAGAGGUGUUCACAAAGCUUACAUCACAUUAGGAUUCAUGUACUGGUAUAAUUCUCAUCUUUGACUGUAUCUCUGCUUAUUUAGAUUACUCUAAAGGAUUUGGUGGUAAAUAUGGUGUUCAAAAGGACAGAGUUGACCAGGUACUCGACAGUGUUAUUUUCAUCAUUUAACUGUGCAUGAAGUUACUGAAUACUCCUUGAAGGAAUGGAACAGUAGAAGGAAAGUUACUGAACAAUACAAAUAAACUCAGUAGAUCUGCAUAUAAUAUAGAUUUCACUUCCUGGCUAGAUUCUAAGUUAUGUAGUAAAAACAAUAGAAGACCAGUCAAUUUGUCUGUGAAUACAUGGACAGUUGUUGUGUACUGUAUAAUUAUACACUCAGCAAUUCUGGUGGUGACCUUCCCUGUGUUCUGUUCUACACUUUGAAAUUCACAAAACCACAAACACUUCAACAUUUUUCUUUAUUUUUAUUUAUUUAUUUCUAACCACAAACACUUAAACAUCUUUCUUUAUUUCUUUACCAAGCUCAAAAACUUACCAUCUCUCCUAUUUUCAUCUACAAACAUUAAUGCUAUCAACAUUGCUGAUUCUAGUAGUAUGCAGGAUGCAUGUCAUAUGAACUUGUUAAUAGACCUCGCUCACUGUGGAGUCUGUGGCCUAGUGGUAGAGCAUCGGAGUGUGGAAUCUGAAGGUCUGAAGUUUCUCAUAGGGAUUCCUCAUGGAGACUCAGAAUUUUUUCUUUGUCCCAUGCUUGUGAAAAGACAAAAACAUCUUUCUUUACUUGAAAUACAUGUUGGGAACUGAUCAUGCUGAAUAUAAGGAUACACAAGAAAACAUUAACUUCCAAAAAUUGUUUCAAAAUGUAGCAGUAAUUGAGAUGCAACCUCUGAGUCUCUUUUAUUUAAAAUGAAUGGUGUACUCUUCUUAAUAUUUCAACUUCUAAUUUCUGAUUAGUACUGGUUUCUCAUGUGCGUGCAUUUAAUUUCCUUAUUAAGUUUUAAAAUUAACGGCAAUUUAAUGUAAGUUCAUAUAUUCUUAUGAGAGUUUAUUUCUUCACCCUGCUCACAUGGCAGGCAGCAGUUGGCUAUGACUAUGAAGGCAAAACUGCAGCACAUGUUUCCACAAAAGGUUUGUCACAUCAUUUUUGUUAAAAAAAAUGUUUUAUGUUAUUAGAAGAAAGACAUUGUCUAUGUUUUGCAAGGGUUUAAUAAUGAAUGAGACAGUAUAAAUUUAUAAAUUUAAAGUUUCCUUUGUUUCAUGGUUAUGAACAAAAUGUAUUGUAAAUUUUAAUUUUUUUCCUUAAUGUAGAUCACUCCAAAGGCUUUGGUGGCAAGUAUGGAGUCCAAAAAGACAGAGUUGAUAAGGUGAGCAAAAUUACAAAUGAAUGUACACAUACAUGGCCGACAGUCUGUAGCUUGUUGGCAACCUGUCGGUAACCUGGUGGUGGGUUGUAAACUGAAAUGAUCCCAAACAUUUACCUAUCAACUGCUUCUAAAACUACAUAGAAAAGGGGAAAAGUCAUUUCAAAAAGUUACCUUGCACUGUACUCUCAAUAGCUACUGUGGCUUUUGCCCACUUUUUUGCAUUGGCUAGCAAAACUUUCCCAAACUGGUUCAAUUUCAUUUAUCUGCCAUUUUGAAAAGUUUUUCUAGUUCCCAAUCCCUAAAUGCACUGCCUCUGAAACCCUUUUAAGAAAGUCUUUAUUUGGUUAGAACUAUUUGACCUGUUAGUUCAUUCACUUGCAAAAUGUAGAAAAGGAACCAUUUUGUGUACAAACCAGGAUAUAAGAAAUAGGUAUUUUGGUACUUACAGUCAGGAGAUGGGUUAAACAAGCUUAUUUUACCAUUUAAAUAGAAUCAAGUAGAUAGGUACAAAUGAUGCGAUUGACAUGUGUUUCUAUUUACUGUUUUCGACUGGAAAAGUUUGGACUCUGUUUUCAGUCAAUUUUUGGUCUAGUUGACACUGUUGGCCGACUGUCGGUAAUGUGUUGAUAAUGCGUCGGUAACCUGUCUGCCAACAGUUAACCGACAGGUAACCGACACUCGAAAAUGGGAACCAUUGUUCACUAUUACCGACAAUAAACCAUGAUAACUGUUUCCUUCUUCAGGCAGCUGUUGGUUUUGAUUAUGAAGGGAAAACAGAAGCACAUGCUUCCCAGAAAGGUACCUCAUUCUACAUAGUAUAUUUUCAACCAAACUUGAAGAAAAUAUUCUACCUUGAACUGUACACUGUAAAUAAGAAAAAAAAAUUGUUUCUAGUUUUAUUGUUUUCUUGUUUUUGAAGAAAUCUUUGUGCAUUGAUUUUGUAAAAAUAAAUGUCUCACCAACAGUAGAUGAAGCCAUAUUUUAAGCCUCAAUUGGUGGUGAUGCCUGUGAGAUGUCAUGUUUUGUUUGGUUUUUUUUUUGUUAUUUUUUCUCAUUAGAUCAUUCCAAAGGGUUUGGUGGAAAGUAUGGAGUCCAGAAGGACAGAGUAGACAAGGUACAGUGUUUAUCAAAAUUAUGAUAACUGUUAAGCAAUUCUAAGUGCAUUUAUGAUGACUAGACAGGAAUGAGGCCUUUUCCAGAAAGGCAGAGGUGUAGUUUAAAGCAAUUGUUGGCGCAAAGGAGGGGAAAUCUUUUUUUCUCCAUGGGGUUGCUUCAUAAAUUAUAAUUAAUUUUAUAAUAAUUUAUUAUUAAUAGUAUGUCCAGCAUUCUUAAUAGUAAGUUAAUUCAGCUUUCUUAAUCUUAAGUGAAUUUACAGAUACUUGACACUUUGAAAAUUCUAUUCUAUGGGGGUAUUUUGUUAGUAAUGAUGGGUGUGGAGGAAACUACUAUAAAACAUUAGUCUGUAUGCACCUCUGCCCAUGAAUUGCCACAUGUUAUAGUGAACCUUCUCUGCAUUGUGAGGCAGAACCCAAAAUUGCAACUACCUUAAGGCCAAAUGACACAAUUGAAAACUUUGCGUAAUGCAAACAGGGUAUUUAAGGUUUACCUAAUCUUUGGACACCAGCUGCAGCAGUUGAUGUAAACUAUAUAAAAAUGAAUGUUAUAAUUAAAGAAUAAGAAUUUUGAACUUAAAAAAGGAGUUUUUACCUUUUAGAGAAUCUAGUUUUGAGAAAAAAAAUGGAUACUAAGAUAUCCAGAAGCAUAUAUAGUCAUGAGUAUGUUCACGGGUUUAUUGGACACCUGGGUGCAUAACAGCAAGUUUGGUUCACCAUCCACUACUUUGAAAGUCAAGAGCCAGGAGCCAAGCAAGCAGAACACCAGAUUCAUACCAGAUCAGAGAGGAGUUGAGCAUCGUCAGUUUGUGUUUCAUUGACUAUCCAUUUCAAAAUCAUGAUGAAAUGAAACAAGCAUGUCCUAUUAAAAUGGGGUGAUAAUAUGGAAGCAAGUUUUUAAACUUUGAAGAAGCUGAAGGAAUUUUUAAGCCAAAUUCUGUUGGGAGACAAGUCAAUCCUUGACAAGUUUGAAACUUUGUCUGCAUCUUGUGUAAGUGAAACAGAGCAAUUUCUGUUUACAAAUGUCAGUAUUUGUCUGGUGGUGUUGAAGUUUGAGCCAGUGGCCAACAGAUAGAGAGAUUAAAGUUUGGAGGAAGGGCAGGCAGUUGCUGAAACUCUUAGUAAUGUUGAGGCAGUCAGGUUUGCUGUUUUUUUUAGGUCAGUAAUUGGUUUGUAGAGGAAUGUUUUUAGCCUCUGACAGUGCUGUACAUGCACAGUACAUGUUUGCUCCAUGGAAGUCAACUUUGAAGUGAAAAGGAACUUCCAUGAGCAUCUAACUAAAAUGAAUGCUGCCAGGAAAGAGGGGAAUGAGAUCCUUUUUGAAUUAAGGAAUUAAAAGGAAUGGGUUGUGAUAUGCAGCAUGUUCCAUUGUAUACUCAGUAUUUCUAGUAAGAAUACUGUUGCAUCUAGGCUUGAUUUCCAUCACUCUUUUGUGUAUGGUACCUGUUCCUUCCUGAGGGUUCAAGGGUAGGAGGGCAGGCUCAUAUUCCUGAACAGUGGCUGGUAAUCGAGCCCAUGUUGUGUCCAUAACCUUGGAGGAAACUCAGCAAUAGAUAAGCCAGCCCAGUGAAAUGGAAUUUAGAGUAGUUAGAAGCCAUGUAGUACGGUUGAUCUAAAGUGCAAAUGACAUCAUUUAGUCAACUGUAUGUUGAUGACACUCACUGUGGUUAAGCAGUUGAAAUACUGAUAGUGUGUUGUAGUAGACCUCAUUCAAAGAAAAUCAUUUCAGAUUCUUCUACAUCAAGGACAUAGCAAUCCCCUCUCUCUCUCUGUUUUCAUCAACAUGAUAUUAUUAAUAAGAGGUUAUCUAAAAGCAUGUUUUUGUUGAGAAGAGCAAAGUGCAAUAUAUAGUGAUGGAUGAAAUUGCCAAGUGACUCUAUCAUACCCAGUGACCCAAAAUUAUGGCUAUAGUUAGCAAUUAACAAUGUUUGUCCUGGAAAAAGUAUAUUCACCAUGUUACAUUUACAUGUGAAUGGCAGUGAACUACAAAAUAGGAAGGAGUUGACUUUGAAACAACAAUAAAGUAGUGUGGAGGGCAUACAUGUAGCAUAAAGAGAUGAACCACGAAGCAAGUUGCACAGGGACAAGACCAAGAGUUGUACAGGGCAACCUGAAGAAAAAGCUACCUUGAAGUUAUUUUAAAUCUACAUCAUAAUUCUUAAUCAACCAGAUACAUUGUAUGUUUCAUCCAGCUUUAACCUAACCUCCUUCAAAUCUGAGAUACAUGUACAUGACUGUAUUCUUUUAACCUUGUGUAGUAGAAAACUAUCUGACUGCUGUUUGCAUCAAGUUUUGUUAUAAUUAGAGAACAACAACCAAUAAAAGAUAAAAUACAAUAUCACAAGUUCACCAUCCACUCAAAAAAACAAAUAAUUUCUGUUGCAUUUCCUUAAAAUAUUGAAAAAUGGAAUAAUGGUACCAUAGAUAGAUAAAUAGGAAAACAGACUUAGAAAUAGGUUGUUACACUUUAGUUAGUUAGACAAGCAUACUUAGGUACAUGUUGGUAUAUAACUAAGUACUUUAAAUUAAGAGUUUUAUUGAUAUAAAAUUUGUUUUAUCCCCAAACAGCCUGAAGCUGAAUGAACCAGCUGGAGGAGCAAGGAACAGCCUCUGAGUUUUUUCUCUUCACACCUUCCAAUCAAAUCAUAUUUUCUUUUAGCUUUUAGAUGUGAUUGUAACUUGUACAGGAAUUGAUAUUGCCUAUUAAAACUGAUUUAACAAAAUGACUUCAUGAAGAAGUUCAUUUUAAUUGUCAUUGUGUUUGUAAUCUUUUGAUUGUCAUGAAAUCAAAUGUAGCUUGAUGAAAAAGGAAAACAUGUUUCUAAAAGUGUUUUUGUUUCCAUUUAAUUAUAAGUGAUUUAAUUUAUAUUUUAACUGGCAAUUGCCUUGAUCAUGUUAAAAUUGCGCCCAUUAUUCUUGUUUCUAAUUGUUUAGCUUUGAGAAAGUAAGUGGUAUAAAAUUUUGUAUGGCUUCAUACCAACUUUUGUAACAAGACGAAAAAGGACUCUUAAAUAUCUUGAUUUAGUCUUUGUGAGACGACGUAUGCAUCACUUUCCCUAGCAUUCCCUAACAAUAUUCUAAGCCUUCAUUGGCAUAGUAAGAUUGUUGAAAAAUCAAGAGCAAAAAUUUGAUAAUUUUAGACAUUGCCUUAUUGUCUGAUUCAACACUGUUAAAACUAUUGUAAAAAGGUCACUUGAUAAACCUAAUGAAUAUGGUGUAAUUGAAGAUAUUUUUUCUUCUCAAAUGAUCUGACACCUGUGUCCCUAUGACUCAGAUAACUCCUGUUUAUUUAGUACUUUUAGAUUUGAGUUCUUCAUGGACUUUUAGUUGCUAUUUGAAACUUAAGCAUGAUGCAAAAAAUUAAUAUAACAUUUUUUAUGAUGACAAUUUUUUGUUCUUUUAAUCUCUCCUCAGGCAGCUGUUGGCUUUGAAUACCAAGGAAAGACAGAAGAACAUGCUUCACAAAAAGGUGUGUUUUAAUUUUUUUUAAAAUCUCACCUUUAAGGGCUUUCACCUUAUCGAAGAUAUUUUCUCUUGACAGAGGUGAAUUCUUCUUUGUUGCAAAACAAUUCUUCUCAACAUACACAUGUACACAUGUACCUUUAAAAAUGGCUCUUAAUCAGUGAUGCAACUUUGAAAGCAAUUUGUGACUAGCUUGUAGGAAGCAGUGUGUCUAAUCACUAUUUUAUUUUUUUUCAGAUCAUUCAAAAGGCUUUGGAGGAAAAUAUGGAGUACAAACAGACAGAGUUGACAAGGUCAAUUUACUGAACAUUUUUCUUUUUGAAUGAAAAUCCACUUUAAUUUACACCAGAUUUAGUACCUUACAUGUUUAUUUUAUUUCCUCAGUCUGCUAUGGGCUUUGAAUACCAAGGCAAAACUGAGGAACAUGCCUCUCAGAAAGGUUAGUCAUAGUCUUGCUUCUGCCUUUAUGAGGCAUUACGUACAUGUAGAAGUGUUUUCAAGUCAAGAAUAAAUAGAGCAAUUUUCAAUAAAGUAUCUUCGCUCUUCGCUCUGUGAUCAGUCUAGAAACCCCAUGCUACUCUCUUAACCAAUCAGAUGUAAAACUAAAACCAAUCACGACUUGGUCGGCCGCACUUUCCCACGCUUUAGGUUGUUUGGUUGUUCUUACUUUGAGCUCGCAUUGUCUCUUAAAGAUAUUUUACUCUCUUCUGACUGGUCAUUGUGAUUACUUUGAGUAUGGUUUUACGACACUCUGUCAUAAAGCGCUCUAAUAAGCAAAUCAUAUGAGCAGACUAUUUAGGUCGAAGUUCGGCACAACAACUACGUGUUGCUUAAUAACCCCUUCACACUCAAGAUCUAAAUAUUAACUUCCCAUCUUGUCUGCCAUGCAUGUCGUGUUACUCUAGACCUGAGAAUUUGGUGUGAAAUUAAAUGUUGUUCCUAGUGGUUAUUUUAGUACUUUUCGUCACCUUUCUGCUUGAAAAUCUACCGAUUGUUUGGACGAAUUACUUUUAGUCACCCCGGGGAUUGAAAAGGUGAAUGCAUUUGUACCUUAGUGCCGCUACACGUGAAGUUCUCCCCCAUGGGUCACCUGAGACUUUGUCUUUACACUACCUAAAACAAUCCUCCCUGGUAUUAAAACUUCUUUAGAUGGUCAUCUCUCUACAACUGCUUUGUAUUUGUAUGCCCACAAGUGGUGAACGAAGGGAAGUUUAACUACUUUGUUUUCCAUUAACACAGCUAAUUUCCCUUCCACUGUACUUCAGAUCACUCUAAAGGUUUCGGUGGUAAAUUUGGUGUCCAGACUGAUAGACAAGAUGCAGUAAGUGUGAUCAAUGAAUACUGAUACGUUCGUUUUCCUUGAAUAUUUCCAACAUCCUAGCUCAGCUUUACUGUUUGAAACUGUAUCGCUCCAUCCCUAAGCACAGAAGUUAGUUGAAGUUUUUCAGAGGAGUAACGCGAUCUUACAGAUAAGCAAAACUUUUUGCAAGUGACCUGUGCUAAUUUAUAUCUUUACUCUUCAGUCUGCUGGAGGUUUUGAUGAAAUGCAAGAAGUAAAAUCAACUUACCAGACAGCAAAACCACGUGCAGGUUGGUUCUGUUUACAAGGCUUUGUCUUAGAAACUUUAAACUAGCUAAGCAUACUUUUGAUUUUCAAAAAUACGAUCACUUCAGGUGUGUGAACUUUAACUCCCUACUCAAGUCCAAAAUAAUUCACCCAGGUCUAGUGGCACCCACUUGUCCACAGAGUAAAGCCCCUGACAAGGUCCCCUUACAUUAUGGGAAAUACAUUAGCCAUAUAAGAACCGUCCCUCUUCUUUGUGGGGAAUGGAGACAUGAACUAAAAACACGAAGAAUUUUUGCUGUAUCGUUGUUUAUCCAAACAUUUGUUUUUUUUUUUUUUUUUUUUUUUUGGGGGGGGGAAAGGGAACAGCCACGGCAAAAAAUAUGUUUUAGUGGUUUUUACUCUUCCUCCUUUCAAGAAUAAUCAUGGCGAUGGUUGACUCUUAAAGCUUUCAGAUUAUCCAAUUUUAUUUCUUUGUGAAAGCCAAAGCCAGAGAGAAUUCUUCCGUCCUACUGAAAAAGUAUUCGUUCAAAUAAACUCCAUCCUGUUCAGAAAAUAUAUGAAUGGGAAAAACCGCAAUCGCGAUAAAGCUGGAGCAGAAAAGAUAUGACCACUGUCCCAAUUAUGGGCCCGUUUUUUUUUUUUUGUUUGUUUUUGUUUCGAGAUAUGAUUCAAUAUUUGCAUUCGACAGGGUCUGGAGCAGCAGGCAACUUGAAAUCAAAGUUUGAGAACUUAGCCCGAGAGCAAGAGGAGGUCUGUUGACGAUUACCGUACUAAAGAACUGUUACGUUUUCUUGUCAUUUUGACUUCCUUUUAAUUAUUUUCCGUUUCCCCAAAAUGCCAAUAAUUUUUCUAUUACAGGAAAACAAGAGACGGGCAGAAGAAGAGAGAGCUCGGCGACAGGCGAGAGAACAAAGAGAGAAAGAGAUCAACGAAAAAAGGCAUGCAGAGGUAAUUAACCAAGCUUUAUUUCGACUUUGGGUACAUGUGGCAAAGUGGCUAACUGUAUGAGUCUGACUUUAGAUCUGAUCGUAGAUUUGAAAACCAACAAAGGGCGAAUGUAAUCUUAGUCCUCCAUUAGGAUUCUACAGUAACUCCUCGGAGGUUGUGGCAUGUAGCUACCAACUGUGCUAAAGAGAACUGGCCGUCAAGCAAGGCUCUCAUGCGGCGAGUGUACAAUAUUAUGAUUCGUGUUACAUGUAUGUUGUCAUUUUUUAGCAAGAGGCACGCGACAAAGAGGAGGCUGAGGAAGAAGCCCGUCGUCAGGCAGAGGAGGAAGCCCGUCGUCAGGCGGAGGAGGAAGCCCAACGUCAGGCCGAGGAAGAAGCUUGGCGAGAGGAAGAAGCGGCCAGGCAACAACAAGAAGCUGAAGCACAGCAAGAGUAUGAAGAAACCGAAGCUGAAGCGACCUAUGAAGAGACAGGGGAAGCAAGAUAUGAAUCAGAACCUACAGAUUUCUACGAAGAAGUUACCCAAGAACAGCAAACAACACAGGAGGAGGUACAAGGAAACAUAGAUACCACAGCUAAAAGUAUAGUUUACCCCUACAGUUUGCACUGUUCAGCCAAAUGUGGCUCAAUGGAAGAGGAAUUGAUCACGUAGUUAGUGCAAAUUUCGGAAAAGCGCAAAGUUACGAGAACCUGUAGUUUGAUAAUACCCGAGUGAAUGCGGCCGUAAAAGGGACUAUUGUUAGUUGCGAGUGUUUUCAGUACUAUUACCACCCAGGCGGUUACAAUUAAGGAGUGACAGAACUCGCGUUGUUCCCACAUCCACUAUUAGCGUAAUAUUUCUUUUUGUACUCGUUGAAGGUUAGCGAAGGAGGCGAAGGAAAGAAUGCGACAGCUCUGUACGAUUAUCAAGCAAGUAAGUUUUUCUAUCUGAGAUAUUACUUUUUCUCGCCACACAAGGGAGCACUUUGCCGAGCUCUGAAAUGCACAAUUCCUAAAUCUCAGUGAAAUGUUCACCUUUUUCGGCAACUUGUGCAAAGCGAAAUUUGAAGCUAAUUAGAAUUUGGCAUGAAUAGCAUUUAAAGUUAGUAGCUGAACUCUUGGUCGUUUAAAUGGUUACCUUAGUGCAGUGCUCUUCUGUUCAAUGUCUUUCUCCUUACUAAGCUGUCCGCAACUUACAAGAUUUUCCAUUCUGCAAACCGUCAGGACUUAAGACACCGCCAUUAACUCCCACAAUUCAUUUCUAGCUGCUGAGGAUGAGAUAUCAUUUGACCCUGGUGACGUCAUCACUGACAUUGAGGAAGUGGAUGAAGGAUGGUGGAUGGGAACAUGUAACGGAAGUCGGGGACUGUUUCCAUCCAAUUAUGUAGAAAUGAAUUAAUGAACUCCGUCGCUCCGAAACACUGAUUCUGUACGCAAGAAGAGUAAUCCAGAACAGUAUAACUUUCAUUGGUGGUGAUUUUUGCUACGAAACUGAAUUAGGAUUUCUUAAAAUAACAAAAAUAUGAAAGUUAAAGCGAUUACUGGCAUACUUUAUGGUAGACGGCUACAGAUGACUGAAUUUUUGAGCUUAAGUUUUUUAAAGCAGUUCUACAGAAUAUUGAAGAUCCCUUGACUACACCGCAACAAAUGUCUGCAGUCAUUUUCGUGAAUUGUUAAUUCACCGGUAUUACGAUGAGCAUUUUUUCACUGUCUAAUUAUUUUUUAUCGCUGAGCAACACGAAUCCUAAUGUUAAAAUAAUUACAAAAUAAUUUUCACUAAGCAUAUUGUACAUCUCGUCCAUAGAUGGGCAAUGAAGUAAUGAUAAAAAAAAGGAAAAUCGUCGGUGUUUUAAACCGCGUAAAACGAUAUCCUCAUCAUAGCUCUAUUUUGACUCCAAUUGAAAACUCGUCCGUUACUGGAAGUACCAAUUUUCGACAUGUUUUUGCGGUGAAGUUGAAAUCUUUUGUAAUUCCCAAAAGUUUUAUUAGUAAAAGAAAAGAUCUUGCUUCACUUGUUGUGGUGUUUCAUGCACAUGAAGCCGGUCUGCUUAUUCAUUUCAGUUUUAUAUCAUUUACAUUUCUUCACACAAAGUAGAAUCUAGCGUUUUGAUGUUGUUUGCUUUUCUUUUGUGGUCUCUAUUUUUCUGUGAAAUCUAUUAUCAUUCAAUUUUCAAACCGUGUGUUGGUAGUGGUGGUGGUG